AUGACUACUUCGCAUUACGCAGUUGAAACUACCAAUCUCACCUAUGUUUUUGGCAAUAAGAGACGUGGAGUGGAAGAUAUAACUUUGAAAAUUCCGUGGGGCACAGCAAACCUUUUGGUGGGACCUAAUGGAGCAGGCAAGUCGACACUCUUGAAGAUAUUAGCCGGGAAAACUUUGAUAAAGGAAGGGAGUCUAAAGCUCGGUGGGUUUGAUCCUUUCGAAUUCUCCCCAACUAGACACGAGCAGCACAAUUCUGAUAUAAACAAUUACAUUUCUUACUUAGGAACUGAAUGGGCCAACAACGAGGUUGUCAAGAGAGACAUUCCAGUGAAACUCCUCAUUUCUUCCAUUGGUGGAGAAACGUACUCUGAGAGAAGAGAUGAGUUAAUACGAAUCAUGGAUUUGGAUCCUGAUUGGUCCAUGGCCUACAUUUCGGACGGUGAGCGCAGAAGAGUGCAAUUAGUGAUGGGACUACUUAAGCCCUGGAAAUUGUUACUUUUAGAUGAAGUCACUGUCGACUUAGAUGUCAUUGUCAGACUGAAUCUUUUGGCCUUUUUGAAAAAGGAGUGCCGUGAAAGAAACAGUUGCGUAAUAUAUGCAACCCACAUCUUCGAUGGAUUGGGAAAGAAUUGGUGUGAUAGAGUAAUCCAUCUCAAAGAGGGGAGAAAGGCUGACGACGUGGACAUUGCCGAUAUCACAUUCACCAAUGAACUGAAGGAAGUUGAAAUUGCUCGUGAUUCUCGGAAUAUCAUCACCAAGAUAAAAGUUGCAUUGGCAGAGUCGUUGCAUCCUCUAGUAUUACGUUGGCUCAAGGAUGACUUGGAAGAACGAGGAUCUCGAGAUGAGGAAAAGGAGAGAUUGGCUCGGAAAUUGAAUGACUGGAACAAUGCUAGAGACGGUCAUUAUUUUAGCGACUCCAGACUCUCUGACUAUUUCAAAGGAACAAGAGGAAAGCCGGGUCAAAAUUAA